AUGUCCAAAUACGUCAUCCUUUCUGGUUAUUCUUUAUCCAAUCCUGCCAAAUAUAAUGUCCCAAUAAUUCUUGGCCGCCGCGCAUUUUUCUUGUCUUUUCCUGCCAAAUACACUGUUCAAAUACCUCAUCCUGCCUCUGGUUAUUUUCAUCCAUUCCUGUCAAUUAUAACUUAUAGUCCCAAUAAUUCUCUGCCGACACAGCCUUUUUUUCCUACCAAAUACAAUGUCCAAAUGCGUCAUCUUACCUCUCGUUAUUCUUUAUCUAUUCCUGCCAAAUAUAAUGCCCCAAUCCAGUUACCCCAUCCUACGUCUUUCUAUUCCUUAUCCUUCCCUGUCAAUUACAACAUCCCAAUAUCUCUCUUCCGCCACUCCUUGUCUUUUCCUGUCAAAUAUAAUGUCCUAUUACUCGAUACUACUUUUAUCUUUUCUUUACCAUUUUCUGUCAUUUAUAAUAUCACUGUACUCCUCUCCGGCCACUACAUUUUCCUUGUCUUUUCCUGUUAA